UAACACCACAAAAACCGUAGAUUACAAAAUAUAAAGCCGAAAAUUUUGUAGAAUAUAGUUGAAAUAUAUUUAUCCUGAUAAUAAAAAAAUCUAGCAAUGCUUCCUCUAUCACUUCUGCGAACAGCACAGAAUCAUCCUAUGCUUGUUGAAUUAAAAAAUGGGGAAACUUACAAUGGUCACUUGGUCAGUUGUGAUAAUUGGAUGAAUAUAAAUCUUAGAGAAGUAAUUUGCACCUCAAGGGAUGGUGAUAAGUUUUGGAGAAUGCCAGAAUGCUAUAUUCGUGGCAGUACCAUUAAAUAUCUUCGUAUACCAGAUGAAGUUAUUGAUAUGGUCAAAGAAGAAGCAGUGGUUAAAAAUAAAGGUAGAAAUGACAUGAAAGGUGGAAGAGGAGGACAAAACCAGAGAAAUAGACCAGCCUCUCGGGGAAACUUUGGAGGUGCCAGGGGUAACAAACAAGGAGGUCAAGGAGGAAGAAAUCCUCAGCUACAGAAGCAGAAGCCAAAAUGAUUUGUAUAAUAUUGCGCGUUUAGGGUUACUGUCGUAAUUUAAGAAUUAAUAUUAAUAAAUUUCAAAUAUAUAUGAACA